AGCCGAACAAAAGAAGCCAGCCGCCGGUGACAUUUUCUUGAGGAAAACCGGUAGGAAGCUUGAUUUUCUCCUUCUUUUCUUGCUCUAGAACACUUCUAGAACCAGAAAUUUCCCCCUCCUGCAGAGAAUUCCAGAUCUGCUCGGUUUCUCCCCCUUCCCUGUCCGUGAGCUGCAGCUUGUGGGUGCGAAUUCUGGGCAUUUUCAGAAUUUUGAUAGAUUUCCCGUGAGCCCGUGAGCUUUCUUCUUCCAUGCCGCCGGCCUUCCCCCAAUCUUCAGCUCCGGUUUUAGCUGGAGAAUUAUGGUUCCCGAUCGUUCUGUCAGUUAUCACUGAGAUUGAGUGCUCGAUUUUAUGCGAGUGAGGAAGCGAAACCGAGGAUGGGGAAACCACGGGAAGUGACAAGUUAAAAGGCUAGCCAUUUCGAGAGUGAUAUAGAUUUUAGAAAUAAAUCGUGAUCUUGUAA